CAUGACGUAGCGUCCUUUCAUCUUUGCUUUUUGUUGCUUGGCCUUUUCAGAGCUCGCUAUGUGGUUUUGAUUAGCAUUUUAGCUAGCGGUAGUGGAUCACGUAGCUGCGAGGACGUUUGAUUUCCACAGUUUGAGACAAUAGUGCGGAUAUUUCAUUUGUUAAAUAAUAUGUAUGAAUCUUUUGUUUGAUUAAGCUAGGUCGUGUGCAGCUCGUUUUUACAGUGAAAGGCCUCGUUAAGACAUUAUUCUGAUUGUAAUACGCACUGUAAUAUCAUUGCUCUUUAGUAAAUUUGGAGUGCCCAAAGUGGCCAGUGAAUUUGUAUGCCUCUCUGAAACUGAUUUAUUUUUGGUGAGGUUACGCGAGUAACGGCAACUAAUUUCAACCAAGUACAAAAAGUGGAAAUUUAGAACAGGAAUCGAAGGACAGCAGAAUAAUAGUUGGAAGCAAAGUCAGGAAGGAUGCAGAUUAAAAAGAGGGGUGGAAGGAAAGAAGAGAAAAGCAGGUCUGUGAUGGAAGGAAGGGAGGUAAGGAAGGAAGAAAAAAAGGCUUGAGUGUAGGUAGAAAAGAUGUAAGGUGAAUGAGUAAUAAGCAUGUCUGAAGGAAAGGAAGGAAGGUAGGUGUCAGCAAAAGGAAAGACUGAAAUAUGAAUGCCAGAAUAUAAAGGAACUGAGAGAAGGAUAGAGGACCUCGACUGUAAAGAACCCGAGCAGCUCAGAAAGCUCUUUAUUGGUGGCCUGAGCUUUGAAACUACAGAGGAGAGUUUACAUGCUCACUUUGAGCAAUGGGGGACACUUACAGACUGUGUGGUGAUGAGAGAUCCUGGCAGCAAGCGGUCGAGAGGCUUUGGCUUCGUGACGUACUCCUCCAUGCUGGAGGUUGACGAAGCCAUGAAAGCAAGGCCUCACAAAGUCGACGGCCGGGUCGUUGAGCCCAAGAGGGCCGUGUCCAGAGAGGACUCCAAUAGACCAGGCGCUCAUCUGACAGUGAAGAAGAUCUUUGUGGGCGGUAUUAAGGAGGACACAGAGGAGUACCACAUCCAAGACUAUUUUAAGAAAUAUGGCAAGAUCGAGUCGAUCGACAUCUUGCAGGAACGCCCCUCGGGCAAGAAAAGAGGCUUCUGCUUCGUCACCUUUGACGAUCACGACACCGUCGAUAAAAUUGUCGCUCAGAAAUAUCACACCAUCAACUCACACAACUGUGAAGUCAGGAAAGCGCUCUCGAAGCAAGAAAUGAACGUGAUGUCGAAUAACAGGGGGAGGAGUGGAGGCUCCGGUAACUACAUGGGUAGAAGUAAUCAUUUUGGUGGUGGAGGCAACUAUGGCCGAGACAGCUACGGUGGAGGACGGGGUGAUUAUGAUGAUUAUGAUGGUCCUGGUGGUAAUUAUGGUGGAGGAGGUUAUGGAGGACGAGGCAACUAUGGAGGGGGAGGUCCCAGCUACAAUCAGGGUGGUGGAUUUGCUGGUGGCUGUGAUGGUUACCGAGGCAAUGGUGGAGGUUACGGCGGAGGUGGAAGUUACAACGAUUGCGGUAACUAUGGUGGCCAUCAGUCCAACUACGGUCCCAUGAAAGGAAACAACUUUGGUGGCAGGAACUCCGGUGGACCAUAUGGAGGCGGCUACAGCGGUGGCGGCGGCUACUCGCGGCGCUUUUAAACAUUACAUUGAUGUGGAAAGAGGCGGAAAGUCGGUAAAGACGCAGUAACAUGGAAGGGUCUGGAUGGGUAAGAAUUUUUACAAAUAUCAUCCAAUGCUGUUUGCACCCCUUUUUAUUAUUAGGUAGAUGUAUGGAGGACUGAAAGUGAGUUAGCCGGCCUUUAGCCCUGCCCACAAACAAUUUUGGCACUUUCCGUCCUCCAUAGUAUUUUUCCAGUGACCUUAAUGCAUUGAUGCUGUAUUCUCCAAAUUAUUACCAAAAUGAUUCCAUAUCAUGCCCCCCCCCCCCCCCCCCCACACACACACACACACUCCAAGAUUUAAGUAUGGUCAUUGUCACAAAAAAAAAAAAAAAAAAGACAUUUUGUUAAGUGGAGAAAAACACAAAAUGAGAUUUCUUUUUCUUGGGAGCACCUGACAGUUGUAUUACUUGUUGAAUUUUGGUAAUGUACCUCAGGAUCACAUUUGUGUUAUUUAGGCCAGUGGUCCCCAACCACCGGGCCGUGGACCGGUAUCGGUCCGUGGGUCACUUGGUACCGGGCCGCCAAGCCGCACAGAAAGAAAAAAAAAAAUUAUUGACGAUUAAUUAAUUCAGGUCAAGACACUCGUCCCGGUCACGCAAAGCUAAUAUGUGGCGACAGGCUAACUAACCAGGCAAUGAAGCAUUCAAAACUGCUUCAACACAUGGAGACCAAGCAUCCUGCAAUAAAAGACAAACCUUAAGACAAACGCACUUGUUUUUAUGUCAGUCGUAUCAUUUUAUUUCAUCGUAUUUAUAUAUUUAUUAUAAAUGUAUUAUUCAUUUACCUAUAUAAAUGUAUUAUUUAUAUAAUUGCCGGUCCGCGAAAAUAUUUCUGACAUGUAACCGGUCCGUGGCGCAAAAAAGGUUGGGGACCACUGAUUUAGGCUACCUUGGCCAUUUAAAACAGCUUGCCUCCCAAAAGAGAGACAGAACAUUUAUACAUUUUAUGAAAAAAACAUUUUUAAUAUCAUUGGCGUAGUAACCUAGCUUCAAAUUAGCAAUCACUAUAGUUAUAGUCAGGGAACUGCCAUUGGAAACUUUCAGGCUAAUUGCCAUUGAUGCCCAAACUGCCAUUUUAUGCCAACACUGCAUUCCUCCUUGCCAACGUAGGAAAUGAUUCAAACCACAAUGCCUGAGGCAAUUAACAGCGCCCAGCAAUGACGCAUGAAAACGUGCCUAUUGGGCCCUGCAACACCUAUUUAUAAAUUUUGUUUAUAAAUGUUUUACCGUUUUUUUCCAUGUAUAAUGCGCAAAAUUUAGCUAAUUUAUUGUCCUAAAAUCUGGGGUGCGCAUUAUACAUGGGUACAAAAAAAUAUAUUUUUUUCUCAAUUUUUAUUUUUUUUUUAAAAUCCGGAUAUCAUACGGAGGCCGCCAUUACAGAUGUGCUUUCUUCUCUGCUGUUCACUUCAAACACACUCCAUACAUACACAAUGCUCUCGUAUCAGACGCUUGCUAGAUCACCUGCUCGUUUGCUGUCACAAUGUACCCUACACAAAUCCGAAACAUUUCUUCGCUAUUGAGUAUGCUAGCGCAUGCGCAGUGAUACUGGCCGGCAGAACAUCCGGUUGUUCCCAAAGAUGACCUUUUUUCUGAAAUAAUUUUACGUUCACGGACUUAAGUAGGAGUCAAAAUCUGGGUGCGUAUUAUACAUGGGUACAGGCUUUUUUCCAGCAUCAACAUGCCAUUUUUAGGGUGCGUAUUAUACAUGGGGGCGCAUUAUACACGGAAAAAAACGGUAUUUAUAAAUGUUGUCAAAUGUGAUGGGCACUAACCCAACCCAUUCCAUCCAAAGUCUUAAUGCUGGAUGAAAUGUUGUAGCAUCGGAAGGUUAACCCCCACCCCCCACAUACACACACACACACACACACAAGCACAACACAAAGGAGGGUGUGUCUCUUAACAUUCAUAGCCUUUGCCUUUUUGUAUAUAUGACUUGGACUGGAAUAAAAGUAUUUUUCAUGAAUUGUAUUUUUUUUGUUUUUCUGUAAAGGUGAGAUAAUGUUAACAUGUUUUCAAAAGUGAAUUUGCAGCGUGACUACCUAUGUCACUUUCAUAAUCCACACACACACACACACACACACACACACACACACACACGUAUGUGGGCUUGGUGCAUGGCUCGAGGUAGUGUUUGUGUACCAAAGUGCAGGGCACGCAAAUUGUUAUUGUGUGUCGGUCGAGAAAACCGGCUCUGUCGAAUCGUUGUAAAAGUGUCAAGCGUUAACAAUCAGGCCUUUUGUUGUGCAACACAACUGCAACUGGUGUGAUUAAACCAUGCGAGAUCACCGUAUUAAAAGAUUUAGGUUAUUGUACAAACAGUGUUGUAAAAAGAAGGCGAAGUGAUUGGGAAAUUGGGUAAAAGCCGAUACUCUUCUGGUAUCUGUACCGCGUUUUAUUCAUUUGCGGCUACGUGCGCCUGCCAAGUCCAGAACUAACUGUAAUGUGUGAGUUAUAUAAUGGCGCCUCAGACUUUAUAUCCAUCUGGAAUCAAUCAGGCUGUGAUGCAAAGCUCUGCUUUCACACAAAAAAAUAAUCACGCCAUAUAGCAUUAGAAUGAUUUAUUGAAAAGCAUAACUUGCGCAGCAAAUCAGAGGGUCUCUUUACAAAUCUUUCAUUUAGUUAGCAUACAGAAACAAUGUCUAUACAAUAUGAAUAUUUACACAUACAGUAACAGUUGUAAUAAACUUUUAUUUAUGAACUUUUGAUUUAUAUCAUAUCUAUAUUUACAAAUCAUCACGUUGUAUAUGAAGGUAGAGUACAAAAGAGAUAAAAUAUCAAAAAUGUUACAUUACAACAACCAAGAAGAACCAUAAACUAUACAAUAGUUCUGUGGAGCUACUCAUGUAUAAAGCUGAAAGCCAUUGACUGGUGCGACUGUACGACUGCAGUACCUCACUCGACAGAUAGGGGACUAGUUUUAACUCUUGAUCAAAGUCUUUUUAGUGCGUGGAACGAGAAAGACGCUGCCUUCGGUCGACUGCUGUAGUGAGAAGUCGGACGGGGAGAUGCUGUUCCCGUCCUCGUCCCGCAGCAUGCUAAAUACCUCCAGGUAGAGGCUGUUCAGCUUCCUCUUCAUCUCUUUCAGGCUGCUGGCGUUGCGAGACUUCUCGCCCAGCAGACGGUCUUUUUCCUCCUUCAGGGAGUCCAGGUCGUUCUCCAGCCCCACGAUGCUCUCCAUCUUACGCUUGCGGCAGUUCUGAGCUGCCACUUUGUUCUUUCCUCUGCGUCUGAUGUCGCGGACAAGGGCCAUCUGAGACUCGUUCAGUUGGUUCUUGGAGAUGAGCUCGUUGUAGUCGUCCACGGGCAGAUUAAUGAUCAUGUCGAUGCUGAAGGGGAUCUUGAGGGCGUUGGCCCUCUGCUGGUCUCUGCAGAGACGCAAAUCCGACCUUCUUUUGCGCUUAUCUUUGGUGAACGGCGAGGAGCUGUGGCCGCUGUCCUCGGCCGAAUCUGACGGUUCUUGUUUGGUCUCAUCAUCCUGGGUUUGAAUCUGGCCCACCAAUGUGGUCAGAGGAAACGCUUGCUGGAGGUCAUUGGGUUGAAAAUUUAAAGAGAACAUCUCUGAGUAGUCCGAUUUUGCACUGCCAGGGUUCUGGUCCAUCUCUUCCAUGUCGGAAUCGCUGCCGUCAAAACACUCUUCUCCGUAUAGGGAUUUCGCAGGUGAGCAAGAGUGGGGACUUGAGCCUAGUCCAGAGUCUAAGUCGGGCACUUCUGCAGACAAAUUGUGUCUGCCCUGCUCAAAUGUGUCACCGGGUGAGAGGCUGUACAAGUUCAGGACAUCGGACAUAUUAGUUUCGUUUCCCUCAAGGUCUUGUUGAGUGCCGCUCUCUUCCAACAUAGUUUCUGGGUAAAAUGUGUUGCAAUAGCUAUUAAGGUUGAAAUGAGUGUUUAACUCGGGCACUUCUGGCUUUAUUUCGUUCCCGUUGUCUGCUGGUGUCACACUGGGAACUGAGCCAUCAAAUGUAUUCAUAAAAGCUGAAGGACACAUAUUUAAAUUGUUUUUCUCUUGGACUGGACUGGAAAUUGGAUAAAACGAGUAGUUUGGAUCCUGUGCUUCGGGUUUGUUUGGAAGUGGAUAUGCCGCAGUUUUCAGUGGGUCUUCUUCCAAUUGCUGGCUAAGACAUUGCUAGAAAGCGGAAAAAAAUGAAAAAAAUAAAUAAACAGCAACUUCAAUGGAACAUUUUUGCGGGGGUUAGUAAGUUCAUUUUAAAUCCAAGACAGUUUUUACCCUAAAAGGCCAUCGUGCUCAGUGGUAUGUAAUGCUAGUAAGCUAGCCUAAGUUAGUGGAAGAAUUUAGCAGACAUAGUCAGAUGCCCAUUCAUCCAUUCAGCUUGCGUCAUAGAAAUUCGCUGUUGUUUUUUCGGGCACACCCGGGAACUAAUUGACGAAUUAUAAACAAGUUGGCACAGGAGUGCGAAAGUAGUCGUAAGAAAUUUUUUCCAAAACACAAUUUAAAAACUAUGUACAGGUAUACGGGAUUUCUAUUCUGUAACUCGCCCGCAUGACCCCAUUUUUAAACCCUUUGUGCUUAUUUACGCAACGGCUAGAUAUUCCUCCUGACUGUGCUAGCAAGGUGGGUCCAGCGUUAUCUCCAAGACGCAGCAGGGUGGGACUCGUCCAGAGCCUGUUCGUACAAGCGACUGUUGUGAAACACAAGCCUCGAGCUGUAACGCCUUCCGAAAACAAAAACUGUUCAAAGUCGCCGUAAUGCUACUGUGGCGCUGCCAGUAUCGUAAGUAUUUAAAGUGAAACUAUCUGUGUGUUUGUACAUUUGGUACGGGUUCAAAUUGCACAGCUCGUACCUGCAGCUCAGGCAGUGACAGGAGCUCCAUCCAGGCCUGUUCAAUAUCCAGCGAGCUCUUCUGUGCCAGCGAUGUAGUCAGGGCAUCUGGUGAAAUCGUAAGCGGGGCCAAAGAUGGCUGCUCGGGGGACAUCAUGGCAACGCUGCUGCUGCGGCUACCGGAUACGGAGGCGCCACUCGAGUCCAGGCAAAUAGGCGCAUCCUAGGAGGUAAACCAAGUGGUUAGGAGUGUUAUAAAAUGCGGUGUUGGAAGUCAUUGUAACAGUUGUAAGUACCUCAUUUUCCUCAAGGGGAAACGUCUCUGCGAGGAGCUGCAAGCAUUCGUCAAAUGACAACGGCUCGGCACGCUGCUGCGUGAAGCUGACAUCCUGCAAAUAUACGUUGAUGAACUCCGGUUAUGUAGCAGCUAGCAGGUACAAACGUUUUAAAAUUGUGUCCACUCCAGGCACACCUUUGCCUAACUAAUGACGCGCGGCGGUAACCGAGCAACCACAAGGCCGCACCGCAACCCAUCCAAACAAGGUGAAGUAGCUUGAGCAUUUUACACACAACAGCGUCCGGGUACCUGUGCAGCCUCUGGGGGCGUGACGGCCGACUGCAGCGGGGCAUUGGGCAGCUGCCGCGGCACGUAUUCGCCCGUUUCCUCGUCCAGCUGUAGCCGCGCCAGAAGAGCCUUCUCCUGCUCACGGAGGAGUUGCAGCCGCUUCUCCUCCGCCAGCUCCUGCUGCCUCCGCAGCUCGUGCUCCUUCUGGCGGUGGCUGUAGUCGAAGACUUCGCGCUGGGCCCCCAGAUCGAUGUCCUGCCUCCACAGAAUGUCGAUCAGGUCCGUGUCCUGGGAAGAAAAGGCGCCGGCGUGUUAGGAUUAGACGGAUUGGACAAUGUUAGGACAGGAAAAAGGGAGCCGGCCUGUGGUGGACGUGGCCACACCCUGUCCCUUCGUUUUACCUUGGCUGACAACAAAGCCACCAUUAACAGCACAAAUGAAUAAUGGAUGGGAGUUAUUUCCUUCGCCAGUUGACACCACACACUAAAGUCCCGACUUGAUAUUACCCCGAUUAUGUAAAAGUGGGAAUACAUUUUUCACUCAAGUAGUAAAAACUAGGGCAUAACCGAUUAAUUGCUCAGCCAAAUUAUCUAUUAGCCCCUUUGUCCAAAAAUCUGUCCUUUUUCAGGUUUUCGCAUGAUUUCCCCCCAAUACGUUACAAAAUAAGACAGAAAUAAUGGCAUACAGACAACAACAAAUUUGGCAAUUUCUGACAAUGUUUAUCUGUUGUUAAGUUGGACAAAUAGUAAAGGUAUUGUAAACCAAAUUGGGAUUAGGGAGCAAAAAUAAAUGAGUAUAUUCAUCACACAUUCUUUAAAUUAUACGGGCAAUUACCUCGAGGUGCCAAACUAGGUUUGGGUAAGCUUGACUGUAUGAGGGUUGUUGUACUAGUUUAGAUGAAUGUCUCAGCCUCUUGUUUUUUCAUUGAGAUGUUCCACCAUAAUUAGAAACUCAGUUGCUUACACAUAUCUGCUUAGGUAUAUAAAUACAGGAUACACAUUACACAAGCAUCUGUAUUUCCACUUUAGUCAAUGAUAACAAACUGCACAAUUUUCCCUUGUUGAAUGUUUAAGCCUGUACUUGAUAGCACUAAAAGCUCAAAUGGAUUUGCCUUCUUCAACAAACAUAAACCCUCACUGCUUCCUUCUUUGAGUUAAUAACCAGAACUUAUUUACAGAAGGAAACCAUUUCACAAGCCCCCGGAAUGUUUCAUCAACCCAAUGGAAAUGUUUAAAACAUGUGACUUAUAUGGGCCACAAGUAGACAUCAUUCAUAUGGCUUUGAUACCAUUUCAGUGACCCACCCAUUGCCUCUGUGUUGCAUCAGAGUUAAGAAGUUUACUCAAGACUCUCCAUUUGGCAUUCACAUGGGCCCCAACAGGAGAGCUGGGCAGAGUAAGAGACUAAAAAUGUAAAUAUGUGAUGUCAAAACACAAAUCCUGUUUCAGACUCAAAGCCUGCGGGCCAUUAUCUCAUCACAAAUCAUAUAAACGGCUUCACAACGGCUUACCGUCACCAGACGUAGAUUGGCCACAGAACAAGGAAACUAGUCCAUUAAAUGAAAGAUGCAUUUCCCUGCCCUGACUUCCAAACAAUGAGCAGUUGUAUACAACACGCUUAACCGCAUGCCUUCCCUUUAGACAACCACGAUACUGUUAAUGUGUUCAACUAUUAGACACAAGUCACACAUGGGAUUGUCAAAAGUGGGUGAGAGUUGACAAGACUUGCACAUGGGUCCUGUUCAUUGAACUCUUAAAAAAAAAAAAACAAUGUCCUCAGAAGGGGACUUUCUCCUUUCAUCAUUUAUCAGCCGACAUGCCCCCUUGACCUCUCAUGAUGAAACACACAUGUUCUAGAACAGCCCAGAAUGGCCUCACUAAUUCUCAUUGUGUUUUGAAGCCGCCAUUACUCUUUCACAAUUAUGAUAGCUUUUCUGUUUGGAUGAAUCAAGUCAUUGGUUAAUACCAAUUACAUUUAUGUGGAUAUGUAUAGACAGCGAGACACCCCAAUGUUUUGGACAUUGACAACUCUCACGGGGCGGUGUACCUAAUGAUAUGACCACUGAAUGUCUAGUCGGACAUGUUUGAAAAUGCUCAGCUCAAGCUAAACCCGUCGUCGUAUUAACAUGUGAAUUAUCCGGAACGCUGGGGGUUUCCUUUCUAUUAUUACAACACUGUCCAGCUAUUAGUAUGUAUUUUGUAAAAAGAAGCAGCGUAAUAACGCGAGUCGGAGCUGGUUGUGACUGGUUCCCCCUCCACCGUAUCAGAUCGAAGGCGAUCACAUGCUCUUGAGACGAACUCACUAUAUGGUAAUGGAGGAAAAGAAAACAACACACUGCUUUUCUAUUUAAGACAACUAGUCAUGACCAAAUCACACACACAUAGAGACGUUAUUUCAAACACAAACUAUAGAUUUUGAAUGAGUUUGACAAAAAACGUCACAACUUAAUGACUCGCAGAUUCUAGCCUUCAUUUGAUCAUGUUGCAUUUAUACUCGGUUGUCAUAUUAAUAUAUUAAAAAAUAUAUAUAUACUUGUAAAAUGACAUUUCAGAUAGGUUGUCAUACAUACACCUCUUUUUAUUUACCUGUUGUCCGGAAUGCAUCACCUCCAUUUCCAUCAUCAUGGACGCCUCUGCGUUAAAAAGACGCCUUAACGCGGCCAAAAUGGUUGCUUUUUAAAAUAAAAUGUAAUUUUAGUUUCCUUGUCCUCUCGGUUCAAACAAGGGCCAAGAGAUAGUCCGUCUCGAUGUCUGGAUAGUGGAGAAAA